UAAAUGGAUUACCCAAUAAGCUUUUAUACAUAAUCUCAUCAACUUUAUUUCAAGCGACUAACAACAUAUAUUUGAUGCAACUUAUUUGUGUCACUAUGUUUUAGUGAAACUCUGAAAUGUUAAAAUGGUGAAGAUAGCUGUGAUAGGUGCUGGGUUACUCGGGGUUAAAAUCGCAGGAGAACUAGCAUACCAUGGCCAUCGUGUCAAGAUCUAUGACUCCAGUAUAAAGAAUCUAAACAGUGUUUACCAGCGUAUGGAAGAAGAUAAAAAGAAUCUGAGAGAAGAAGGAUUAUUGCUCCAAAAAAGUUUUAUUGGCCAGGUACUAUGUAUGAGUCGGCUGGAAGAAACAGUCUGUGAUGUUGAAAUUGUAAUUGAAUGUGUCAUAGAAGACCUUGAGGUGAAGAGAGAUCUAUUUGAAAGAAUUUCUCACUUGAUGAAGCCAGACGCUGUUCUCAGCAGUAAUACACUGAGAUUGAAGAUAGAUGAUGUUGUUCAGAGAACCAACAUAAAAGAGAGGACGAUGGGUCUUCGAUUCUUGUAUCCUGUAUACGGUAUCCCAGAGGUGGAAAUUACACCUAGCUCAUUCUCUUCACAGAAAGCAAUCCAGAAAGUUCGGAUUAUGUUGGAAAGAAUGGGAAAGACCUUGUUCUUCAGAUCAGGUGGAGAACCCCUCAUUUUGUCAGAGGAACAAAGAGAGGAACGAAAGAAAGCUCGUCUGGAGCAGAUAAAGAGCUCGUCAGGUGUGGGUCACCUGUUUGAGAGCAUGAUUCCUGCCUUGUCACACCAGGGUAAUGUUCCCCAGAGUGAGGAGAAAAAAAAGGGUAUGGAUGAGGACCGCGACCCAGACUGUGCUAUCUGUAUGGACCGUAUGAGGGACUGUCUUCUCAGCCCAUGCCACCACAUGAUCACUUGUUACGAAUGUUCAAAGAUGCUCCUGAAUCGGCGAGAUGGUUGUCCAAUUUGUCGGAAGGACAUCACAGAACUGAUCAGGGUCUACCAUUCAUAGUUAUUAAUGAAGACUGUUUAUCUAAUAAUGUAUUGCUGAACUCUACUGUGAUAGGUAUUAUCAAUUCUGUGAGGAUACCUUAUAGGAGAACAACAUAAAAGUGAUUUGUUUUAUCACCCGGUAGAAGGCAUCAGAACAUUACAAGUGUAGCUGGCUGUACUCAGUAGUGUGAUGAAUCUAUAUAGGGACUACAAGCAGACUUUCUACAAGUAUACAUUAUAUCUUUCCAGGGUGAAAAGCUUUGGUCACAAAAUUCUGUUGUUUCAAUAUGCUUAUGUUGUAAUGUAUGUUACUUGUUUAUAGAUCCUGUUCUGUUGUUAUUCACUCUCAACUGGUUAUUUAUUGUCAUGGUAACAGUCGUAAUUUAUGUUACUAGUUUAUAGAUCUUGUUGCUAGACACCCUUGACUUGUUAUUCAGUGUCAUGGUAACAGUCGUUGUAAUUUAUGUUACUAGUUUACAGAUCUUGUUCUGAUGUUCGACACCCUUGACUGGUUAUUCAGUGUCAUGGUAACAGUCGUUAUAAUUUAUG